AUGACCCUGUGGAGCUCGUACAAGGCUCUUUCCCCAAAGACCCGCGCUGUCAUAGGUGUCGCGCUGAUGCUCAAUGCGUCCGCGAUGUUGCUGUUUUCGGAUCAAAUCGAAGCGUCCCUCGGACUGACGCCGCCUCCUGACGAUCGCCAAAAGGUUUUCAAGGUGUACAGCGUGGAACGGGAGACCAAGGGAUGA